ACAGCUGGGGUUUGGAGGCAUGCCUUUCAUGGUGCAAGAAUUGUUGACUUUCCGACGAUGGAAGACGGCGGACGAGAGGCGGAUAAGCGGGGGAAGCGCCGCCAGGCCCAACCCGACAAACCCUACAGAGGAAUUCGCAUGAGGAAGUGGGGGAAGUGGGUCGCCGAGAUUCGCGAGCCCAACAAGCGAUCCAGGAUUUGGCUCGGCUCCUACUCCUCCCCCGUCGCUGCCGCCCGGGCCUACGACACCGCCGUCUUCCAUCUCCGCGGCCCCUCCGCCCGCCUCAACUUCCCGGAGCUCCUAUCCGACGACGACCGCCUCCCCGACCUCUCCGCGGCUGACAUCCGGAAGAAGGCCACCGAGGUCGGAUCCAGAGUCGACGCGCUCCAGUCAUCCUUGGCUCUCUCUUCUCCGGACCCGAUCCGGACCCGUCCCGUCCCGGCGAAGCCCGACUUGAACGAGUACCCCACACCGGAGAAUUCCGACGAAGAGGACUCGACGUACGGCGGAGAUCAAUAGAUCAUUCAACUUCACGGCCACCGUUCGCCGAUUUGUACAACCCAAAGGGGAAUUACGUGUGCUCAUAUUUUUCUUUGUAUCAUUAAAAAAAAAUCAAAAGCAGUGGUUUAAUUUAUUUAAAACAUCAAAUUAUUGCUUGAAUUCAAUAAUAAAAAUACACAUAUACAAUCGUGUUGAACUACUGUUACAUUGG